AUGGAUCUCGAAAGAGAGAAGGGAAUCACAAUUCAAUCGGCCGCGACAUUCUGUGAUUGGAUCAAGAAGACACCAGAUCCAGUGACGGGCGAGCUGAAGGACGAGAAAUACCAUAUCAACUUGAUUGAUACUCCGGGACACAUUGACUUCACGAUCGAAGUCGAAAGAGCCUUGCGCGUGCUGGAUGGUGCUGUCAUGAUCUUGUGCGCCGUGUCUGGUGUGCAAUCACAGACUGUCACCGUAGACCGGCAAAUGAAGCGUUACAAUGUGCCAAGAAUAUCUUUCGUCAAUAAGAUGGAUCGUGCUGGCGCAAAUCCCUGGAAGGCAGUUGAUGGCAUCAAUCAGAAGCUGAAGAUUCCUGCUGCUGCCUUGCAAGUUCCCAUCGGCAUGGAGGACAACUUCAAGGGUGUUGUCGACCUCAUUCGCAUGAGGGCCAUCUAUUCAGAGGGCGAGAAGGGAAUAAUCGUGCGUGAGGACGAAGUGCCUGCUGACGUACUAGAGUUCGCCAAAGAGAAGAGACAGGUCCUGGUCGAAACUCUUGCCGAUGUUGAUGAAGCGAUUGCCGAUGCCGUCUUGGAAGAGCGCGAGCCAUCAAUCGACGAGAUCAAGGCUGCAGUCCGCCGCGCCACCAUUUCCCUAAAGUUCUCUCCUGUGCUGAUGGGAUCAGCCCUGGCCGACAAGUCUGUGCAACCCAUGCUCGAUGCUGUUGUUGACUACCUCCCAAAUCCAUCCGAAGUCGAGAAUCUUGCCUUGGACACAAAGCGAGCUGAAGCACCAGUAAAGCUUGUCUCGUAUAACUCUCUGCCCUUCGUCGGUCUUGCCUUCAAACUCGAAGAGUCCAACUUUGGCCAACUCACCUAUAUCCGUGUCUAUCAAGGAUCACUGCGGAAGGGACAAAAUGUUGUCAAUGCCCGAGACGGCAAGAAGGUCAAAAUCCCACGUAUCGUGCGCAUGCACUCCAACGAGAUGGAAGAAGUGUCAGAAAUCGGAGCUGGUGAGAUUUGCGCGGUGUUCGGUGUCGACUGCGCUUCAGGUGACACCUUCACCGACGGUGGACUUGGCUAUUCCAUGAGCUCCAUGUUUGUUCCCGAUCCCGUCAUCUCGCUAUCAAUCAAGCCCAAGCACACCAAGGAUACACCAAACUUCUCCAAGGCUAUGGCACGAUUCCAGCGCGAAGACCCAACUUUCAGAAUCACUGUCGACGCCGAGUCUGGCGAAUCGAUCAUUUCUGGUAUGGGUGAGCUGCAUCUGGACAUCUAUGUCGAGCGUAUGAAACGUGAGUACAACGUCGAAGUCAUUACCGGUCAACCACAAGUCGCAUACCGAGAGACGAUUCAAAAUAUGGUCAAGUUCGAUCAUCUUCUCAAGAAGCAGACUGGAGGUUCAGGAGACUACGCUCGUGUUGUGGGAUAUCUGGAGCCUACUGGAGAGAUGAGCGAGAACAAGUUCGAGACACAAAUUAUCGGCGGCACGAUUCCUGAGAAGUACUUGUUCGCCUGCGGUAAAGGUUUCGAGCAGUCAUGUCUGACUGGACCUCUUCUGGGACAUCGUGUCCUUGGCGCCAGCAUGAUCAUCGAGGACGGUGCGACUCACAUGACAGAUUCCUCCGAAAUGGCAUUCAAAAACGCAACGCAGCAGGCAUUCCGAAAAGCUUUCUUGGCCGCCGGACCACAAGUCUUGGAACCGCUCAUGAAGACUGUCAUCACAGCCCCUAAUGAGUUCCAAGGUAACAUCGUUGGACUACUGAACAAGCGCAAUGCCACUAUCCACGACACCGAGAUUGGUGCUGAAGAUUUCACGCUUACUGCCGACUGUUCGCUGAACAGCAUGUUCGGCUUCUCUUCGCAAUUGCGUGCCGCCUCGCAAGGCAAGGGUGAGUUUACUAUGGAAUUCUCACAUUAUAGCCCUGCACCGCCACAGUUGCAGAAGGAGCUUGUUGCAAAGUAUGAAAAGGAAAGGGCGGAGCGGAAUAAGAAGUAG